GUUUCUUCCUGCAUGUUUUCUGCCUUUGUUCUUAGUUUAGAUCUUCUGAUUAAAUAUACUGCAAAUGAACUGUCAAGACAGAGACGUAUCUUUAAAUAAACCAUGUGACAAUGUCUGCCACGUGACUGUUUGUCACGUGGCUUUCUGUCAGGAAGUGGUUCACAUCGUGAAAGGGGCUCUUUAAACCAAGCCACAUUAACAAUGACGAGCAAUUCCACAGUUGUUGUUUUUAAUUCUUUUAAAUGAUAAAAGAGUUAGAUGCUUGAAUGUUAAUUACAUGCGGGGGGUCAGGGUCAUGUUUACAGGAAGUGCCCACAGAGGAUCCCCUCUUCAUGACCUCAGAAUUUACUGAUUCACAGAUUUUAUUCUUAUAGUUUGUCUUUUCUAAUUUGAAUACGGGAGUUGUUGAAAUGCCCUCAGCCUCAUACUUCCCAUCCGUCAUUGCGCUGUUAUAUUUCCUUUGUUAGCCGCCUGCUAGCUUGUGAAAUGUUUAGUUUCUGGAGCAGCUAGCUAGCAGUUGUGUUAGCGGGACUUAACCACGUGGAAACGAGGCGCACCCUGAUCCCAGGAGUUUCAUCUAAAGUCGGUGAACAUUCCGCUGAGACUUGUCUGGACCAACCACAACCACUGGACUCAACCAUGGACUCACACAUCAUUUUUCAUGGCUCUUGUGAUGAGGAUGCAAACCAAAACAGUGGGAGAAGAGGCCAGCAGGAGACGUGCCAGCCUCAGCCGCUGUGUGUUGGACAUUCUGCUGCUGUGCACUGGGGAUAUGGAGCACUUGGAUGAGAACAUGAAGGAAAGGUCAUUUGUGCUGCAGCUGGCCGUGUGGGGCCUGAGAGGGGUGGCCAGAGUGAUUCUAGCCAACAACCCGCUGAGUGGCGCUCUAAUCCUGGCUGCACUGUAUUGGGCCUCCCCCUGGCAGGGCCUGCUGGGAACUCUGGGUAUACUGGCCUCAACACUAACAGCGGUUAUCAUGGGACAAGACAGAACUGAAGUGUCAGGAGGUCUCCAUGGCUGCAAUGGCAUGUUGGUGUCUCUGCUGAUGGGAGUGUUUAGCUCGGCUGGAGACUGGUACUGGUGGCUUCUGCUGCCUGUCUGCUUGUGUUCAGCGACCUGUGUGUUUCUGUACAGCGGUCUCACCUCACUGUUGGUCCACUGGGACUUACCUGUCGCUGUGUUUCCAUUCAACAUCAUCAUCAUCCUCUACCUCCUUUGUACGGGCCCAAACAAUCCCUAUUUCCCACACCACUCAGCUGUGCCACCAGGGGUGCUGGAACCAAAUGGCACCAAAGUCAUUGUAGUUGCGGUGAUAAGUGGCAUCCCUCUUGGUGUUGGUCAGAUCUUUGCCUGUGAUGCGAUGGGACCCUCCCUUCUCAUCCUGGGAGCCGUUGUGCUCUACUCUCCGCUGCUGGCCGCCCAUGCUCUGCUGGGAUCAGCAGUCGGCACGCUGGCUGGUUUAUCCAUGGUGGUGAGUCAUGAUUUUCUGUACUCGGGUCUGUCGGGAUUUAAUGGAGCUCUGGGCUGCAUGGCAGUUGGAGGACUCUUCUUCACCUUCAGCUGGAGGACCCACGUCUUCGCCGUUGCCAGCGCCUUCCUCUCUGCAUAUGCUGACAUCGCUCUGGGAAACCUGCUGGGAACUGUGGGUCUCCCAGCAUGCAGUUGGGCAGCUACUCUGACAGCUACAUUGAUGUUGCUGCUGACUGGCAGUUUAGCAGCAUACAGCAUCCCAAUUGAUCAAGUCAAGGCCCCUGAACACAACCUGUACUCUCGCCGGCGCCAGUGGAUAGCCAGGAACACCCUAGAAAGAGACAGCACUGUAGUGGAGUGUGAGAACGCGCCCACACAAGCAAACCUAAACCUAACAUCAUUGUAUUCACUAGGAAAAAACAACAACAAGCCAGUUAAAGGGGAAAGAAAACCUCUUUUAAUUCGGCAUGAAAUCAACAAGUCAGAUCAUUAAAGUAAUUCACUGUUAAAAUGACAGUUUCACUGUUAUCAAUAAAAACACAAUGAAAUCUACAGUAAUUAUUUUGAACCUUCAUUAUUCUGCAUAGACAUACUAAAUAGCACUCUACUGGAACUCACUGUAAAACAAACUGUUCAUGUAAAUCAGUGCAGGCAGACAGUGAGACAAUGAGAACAUGUAGACGACGGGUCAUGUGAGUGGUCGGCCGCUUAAGCCAGGAGUUUGAAGGUAACUGUUAUUAUUAUCAUUUUUAUUAUUAUUACGACACAAAAAGUGAAGUGUUUAGGUCCUGCUUUAAUUUGAUUUUUUCUCACAGUGCUUCAUAUUGCCUGUGUAAAAUUACAUAUAUUGCCCAUUACCAAACCUGUUUCCAAACACACACAUGCCCACAUUCACAGACAUUUUGAAAGUAGACGAUACCUCGUGUGGUGUACUACCCUCUGCAACAAACUAUGACGUAUUUUCUAAAAGGUUUCUUUAAAUCAUGCAUUUCUAUCUCAGUGCUUUAAGACUUUUUUUGUUGUAGUUGUUUACAUAAUUUACAGUUCUGGGACUAGACUCACGGAUGAUGGUGAUGAGGUUGAUGAGAGGAGACGUACAAAAGUGCCUUUUCAGUCUGAUUGAUCGAGCAUAAUAAUAAAAAAAGAAGAGAAAUCAAAAGUAGAAGUAUAAAUACUUGCACAAAAAGUAGUUUAGUCUUUUUUAAGCUGUCUUUACAAAAAAAUGAACAUUCGUAGUUCUACAACUUUCAGUUGAGAAUCUGAUUGUGAGUGCUGUUGUGCUUCUUUUGUGUGUGUGUGUGUGUGUGUGUGUGNUGUGUGUGUGUGUGU